AUGGACAAACACGUUACUCACAUUUCCCGGGAGGACCUGGAAGAGCUCCGAGAAGCGUUCAGUAAAAUUGACAUUGAUAACAGCGGCUAUGUGAGCGACUUUGAGCUCCAGGAAUUGUUCCGUGAGGCCAGCUUCUCUCUGCCGGGCUACCAAGUGCGGGAGAUUGUGGAGACCUUUGUGGCCGGUGACACCAACAAGGAUGAGAAGAUCAGCUUUGAGGAGUUUGUCUCUAUCUAUCAGGAGCUAAAGAGCAAGAAAUUCAGCGAGACCUUCCGCAAAUCCAUCACCAGGAAGGAUGGCAUCCGCUCCUUCGGAGGGACGUCAGGAAUUUCAAGUGUGGGGACACAACAUUCCUACUCAGAUGAGGAGAAAGUGGCGUUCGUCAACUGGAUCAACAAAGCAUUGGCCAAAGAUCCCGACUGCCGCCACCUUCUGCCCAUGAACCCCGAUGACCAAAGCCUCUUCACUUCGGUCCGUGAUGGCAUCCUGCUGUGCAAAAUGAUCAACUUGUCUCAGCCCGACACCAUCGACGAGCGAGUCAUCAACACCCGCAAGCUCACCACCUUCACAAUGACUGAAAACCUUGUCCUGGCGCUAAACUCGGCCUCAGCCAUCGGCUGUACGGUGGUUAACAUCGACGCUCUUGAUCUGAUGGUUGGGAAACCUCAUCUGGUGCUAGGAUUAUUCUGGCAGAUUAUCAAAGUGGGCCUAUUCGCUGAUAUAGAAAUCAGCCGGAAUGAAGGCAUGAUUUGCCUCCUGACAGAGGGCGAGAGUCUGGAUCACUUGAUGUCUCGUUCUCCUGAGGAGUUGCUGCUCCGCUGGGUCAACUACCAUUUGCACAACGCCGGCACCCACAGCAUCUCCAACUUCUGCGACGAUAUCAAGGAUUCUCGGGCGUACUUCCACCUCUUGGACCAGAUCGCUCCCCGUGGAGAACACGACUACAGGAGCAUCAAAAUCGACAUGAGCGGCCUGAACGAGCGAGAUCUGAACCAACGUGCCGAGCUGAUGCUGCAGCAGGCGUCCCGUCUGGACUGCCGGCAGUUCGUGACGGCACACGAUGUCACCUCGGGGAACGCCAAGCUCAAUUUGGCCUUCGUGGCCAACCUGUUCAACACGCACCCGGCCCUACAGAGGGGCGACGUUAAUGGCUUGGAAGACGCCCGGCUGGAGCCCGAGACCCGAGAAGAGAAGACCUUCCGCAACUGGAUCAACUCCCUGGGCGUUAAUCCCUAUGUGAACCACAUGUACCACGAUCUUUGUGACGGUUUGGUGAUCCUGCAGCUGUACGAGAAGGUCAACGUUCCCGUCAACUGGAAGAAAGUCAACCUGCCGCCGUACCCCGCCUUGGGAACUAAUAUGAAGAAGCUGGAAAACUGCAACUACGCUGUGGGCCUGGGCAGGAACGUGGCCCACUUCUCCCUGGUGGGCAUCGGUGGCGAAAACCUUAACGAAGGAAGCCCCAUGCACACUUUGGCGCUGGUGUGGCAACUCAUGAGGAGGUACACCAUGUUGGUGUUAUCCGACCUUGGUGACGGCGAGCGGGUGGGAGAACAGAUCAUUCUCAACUGGGUCAACACUACGCUCAGCCAAAAGCAUCCAGAUUCGCAGAUCAGUAGCUUCAAGGACCUCCACAUCAGCACAAGCCUGCCAGUGAUUGACCUUAUUGACGCAAUCGCGCCCGGCACUGUCAAGUGGGAUGUGGUGACCAGACCCGCAAGUGGUGUGAUGAAGAUCUCCGACAAACACAACAAUGCCAAAUACGCAAUCUCAUUAGCCCGCAAGAUCGGCGCGCGUGUUUACGCUCUGCCUGAUGACUUGGUGGAAGUGAACCCCAAGAUGGUGUUGACACUGUUCGCUUGUCUCAUGGGCCACGGUAUGAAAAAGGCCCCACCGCUAAACCAACAAACAAAUAAAAAAAAAUAUCCGCUGAUAUAA